AAAUCCUGCAACCAGGUAUCCAGACUUAUACCCAGGGCUCCAAGCAGAAUGCCCUGGCAAGAAACUGAGAACGGCACAUUCUCUCGCCCCCUCGGCGAGUCAGAAGCCUUUCUUAAACUAAUUGGUGAUUCAGGCCAUGUACUGCAACGGGAAAACUGGGCAGUCAACACUACAGCCACAAUCAUCCCUCGAGGCACGGUGACAAAAGCAGACAUAGCGGACCGACUUCGCCAUGCAUGGAUACAUUUACGCUUUCAACAACCCAGCAUCGCUGCGGUAGUCUCAUCUGAUAUUACACGAGUUGUCUACAUAGCGCCACCUUCCAAUGAAUCGUUGAAAAAAUGGGUCCGUGAGACGUUCAUGGUUAUGUCUGAUUCUCGUUCGGCGGGGGAGGUGGUAGCCUCGAUGACGGUUCAACCAACCCAAUAUGCGCGUCUAUAUUACAUUCCGCAAUCGGAUGAACUGCUCUACAAUACGGCGCAUUGGCGUUCCGAUGGGGUAGGGACAUUUCUGCUUCUUGACCUUCUAUUGCAGCUAGCGUUCGCGCCUGAUCUGGGAGAUCCCUUCCAUCUUCCCUGGGGCGAGGAAGGGGGCCGACUAGCUCCGACGGUGGAGGAUGCCAUUGCCAUCAACCUCACCACCCCGGCUACUCUGACCGCUGCGCAGAAGGCUUUGGUAGAGAGAAAUGCAUGCAGCUUCGAGUUGACUCAGGGUGCUGUGGGUAUUCCGUACAAUGGCGACUCGACAACCUUGCCAACAGGAACCUCUUCAGCCCGGACUACCCUGUCAUCGGACACAACAGAAAAGAUCGUCCAAGCAUGCAAAAAGCGCGGGGGUAGCGUAACCAGUGCCGUGCAUGCCAGUAUCGCAUCUGUCAACUACGCAAUGCGGCUGCAGCAUCAUAGAGGCCGAGAAUACGCAAGCUCGGUCCGCUUCAACCUCAGACCUUAUCUGCCUGAGGUUUUCAACACGUCGACAUACGCGUCAGGCUUAUACUCGACCGCCUGGAUGUUUCAAAUGCCCCCGGACGCAGACUGGGAUACAUACUGCCGAACCUGUCAGCAGCGGUACCGUGCCGGCAUCACGGCCACCUAUCUGGCUAGCCAUCGCGAGUUUGCGCGCACGGUAGCAGAUAUGAUGCGUACUCCCCCGCGUAGCCAGGGAGAGCCGCCCAGUGACGUCGAUAUAAGUAGCAUUGGCGUGGUAGAUAAAUGGGUUCGUCCUGUGCACGGUGACGCAGAGUGUGGCUGUGAGGUGCGUGCGGUCAGCAUUGGCGUUGAGAUGUUGACGCGGCAAGGAGCGUGCUUUGUGUGGACGUUUCGUGGACAGUUGAAUCUAAGCAUCGUUUAUAAUGAGUCGUUCCAUUCCAUGGGGCAGAUGGAGGAGUUUGCUGAAAAGGUGAAGGGUGUGUUGUUGAGGGAAUUGGAUAUUCAGGACUCCUAGGGUUUGUUUCUGUGAUCAAGUCUGGAUACUGGUUUUGAUAGAAAUGUCUACAGCCAUUGAAUGCAGAUGGA